AUGAGGCGGUGUCGGGACGGCGGCCGCGCCGACCUAGGGCGGGCGAAGGACCCGGACUGCAGCAUUCAAGAAAAAAUUGAUUUUGAAAUGCGAAUGCGAGAAGGAAUUUGCAAAUUACUUGCUGUGAGCACACAAAAAGAACAAAUAUUGCAUGCAACUAAAAACUUGAUGGUUUGCAAUGCUCGUAUACUGGCCUACAGGACAAAGCUGCUGAGGAAGACAGAAGAGUCAACAAUGAACAGAACUACAGAGCAUUGCUCAGAUCUUGCAGCUAAAGACCGUGUAGCUUGCAGAGGCAAAGUUGCCAUAUCAGACCUCCGAAUUCCAUUGAUGUGGAAAGACUCUGAUCACUUCAGCAGCAAAGACAGAACCCAGCGUUACUCUGUUUUUUGCUUAUUCAAGAUUGGAACUCAGGUUUUUGAUACAGACUUGGUGAUUGUGGAUAAAGCAGUCACAGACAUAUGCUUUGAAAGUGUGACCAUCUUUGAGGAAGCUGGACCAGACUUCCAACUAAAGGUUGAAGUUUACAGCUGCUGUUGUACUGAAGAACUUUCAACUAUAGUGAAUACACCCAAGAAGCUUGUUAAGAAACUGAAAACCUCAAUUGGGAAAGCUACUGGGAAGAAGCUGAAUUCUACAUUAGAUGAUGGCAACCUUGAAUCCUUGUUGCUCACUGACACAAUUGUCCUUGGUGCAAAAUACAAUUUGCUGGCACAUACAUCUUUGGGGCUGGAGAAUGUUGAGGACAAUUUCAAAACCCACAGCCUUACUGUUGUGGGAAACGAGGAAUCAUCUUUUUGGAUUCCACUGUAUGGCAGCAUGUGUUGUCGUUUGGUUGCUCAGCCAUCCUGCAUGACCAGGGAUAUGAUGACUGGAUUUCUUAAUCAUCAGCAAACAGUAGGGAACCUGACUAGCUGGCAGAGGCUAUACUGUGUGUUAAGAGGUGGCAAACUGCUUUGCUACUGUACCCCAGAAGAAACAGAAGCUAGGGUGGAACCAACUUUGACUGUUUCUGUCAACAAGGAAACCAGAAUUCACGCUGCGGAUAAAAACACCCAGAACAAAAACAGUACCUUUUCUGUUAUCAGUCCUGGGGCUGGUGAAGCUAUGUAUCAACUUUUUGCAGUUGAAAGCCAGGAAGACUUUUAUAAGUGGAUGGAAGCGUUCUGGCAGCAUUUCUAUGAUUUCAGUCAAUGGAAACACUGUUGCGAAGAAUUCAUGAAAGUUGAGAUUAUGUCACCACGGAAACAGCCAUUGUUCUUGACAAAAGAGGCCACUUCAGUUUACCAAGAUAUGAGCAUCGAUUCCCCAGCAAAACAUGAAGCAGUAAUUAACAUCAUGCAACAAAAAACUGAGGAAGCCAGUGGGGGGUUGCUAAUUGGCGAAGAAGAAGAAGAAGAAGACGCACCUCCCUCGUGGGCUGCAAUAUUUGAUGGUUCUCACCAGAUGCGUGUGGAGAAAAACAGGCUUUCAGGAGCAAAUGAGGAGGAUGUGAACCUUCAUGAAGGGAAGGGCAAAAAGAGGAGAGCACCCCUUCCACCCUCUGAUAAGUCGCCAUAUACCUUAGCAAAGCAGACAUCAAAUCAGCAGGGCAAGGAAAACAUCUGGAAUAAUUCUCCUCUCCUGUGUAGGAAGAAUUCUCCUGAUUCCUGUUUAUCUUCUGUGCUUUUCUUCAAGCAACCUCUGGCAGCUGCUCACAAACCAGUUUCUUGUCAAAAAGGUACCUCCGCUGACAGGGAAGGCCCUGCCCCUUCAGCCAGAAAAGCUGCUUGUGGUGACAAACCCAUCCCUGCACUGAGGCAGAAAUUGAUCAGAGAUGUGCUGGACAAGCAAAGCUUUUUGCAUGUUAAACCCUCCGUGCUGCUUGCUACAGAGAAAACUUUGCAGGGCCUGAGGGGGUUACUAGGUGAAGGGGCUGACCCCGUCCUGGCUCCACAAACAGAAUGGCUUCCACUGGCAACAAUCUAUGAAGCUAAUGCUGAUAUCACUGCAAUUGAUCAUAGUUUGUAA